UAAGCCAACGUCGUGAUGUUUGUGAACGCAUCCCCCAGGCCAUUGGCCGCCACGCGCAGCCAGGUGUGCGGACAACCUCAAGGCGGAAGUGAGUCUUCAGUCAAGAAGACAGUGAUCCAGUCCGUCGCCAACACCACGAUGUCGAACAAUGGCGAGACGCGCUACUGCCACAGAAUCUCCUACAUAUUCCUCAAAUUCAUACUUUUUUCCUACGCCAUCAUUUGGUCGCUUAUCGGCGGCUGCAUAUUGGGGAUAGGAAUUUAUGCUGAGGUGGAGAGGCAGCGCUACAAGACACUGGAUGGGGUGUUUCUGGCCCCUGCUCUGUUCCUUAUCCUCCUGGGAAUAGUUAUGUUUGUGGUUUCCUUCAUAGGAGUAUUGGCAUCAUUAAGGGACAAUCUACUUCUCCUCAAGGUGUUCAUGUACACACUGACAGUGUGUCUUAUCCUGGAACUGCUGGGGGGAAUCCUAGCACUAAUUUUCCAAAACCAGACGGUGGAUUUACUGAACAAGAAUAUACGGAAAGGCAUAGUCAACUACUACGAUGACUUGGACUUUAAAAACAUCAUGGACUACGUUCAGAGGAAGUUUAAGUGCUGUGGCGGCCAAGACUAUACAGACUGGUCAGUCAACAUGUAUCACAACUGUUCUUCAAAAUCAAAGGGGCCACUGUCCUGUGGAGUCCCAUAUACCUGCUGCAUUACUGACCCUACUGAAGUAGCAAACACGUUGUGUGGACACAAGGUGUUGGAAAAAGAGCGCUUGGACCUGAUUGACGAAGUCUACAUCAGAGGCUGCACUGACGCCUUCUUCAUCUGGCUCACAGACAACUAUAAGAUCAUAGCGAUACUAUUACUGGGGAUCCUACUACCUCAGUUAUUUGGUGUAGUCAUCAGCUGGUUGUACAUCACUCGAGUGGAGGACGCCAUUAGCGAGUACGGCCACUACUCGGAUGGGCUUCUGGCCACGAACAGGAGAGGUGCCAAGAAGCAGGGCCACAUGUCCAAGUGGUUCAUGUGUAUGCCUGAGAUCGACUGAUGAAGAACAGCAAACUGAAAGCCGAAGCUUGGUUGUAUGAUCUUGGUCAGGCAAAUAUAAUCUCAAACGUCUGUAGCAGGGAUCUCUUCUAAACUUCAUUUAGGUGCUCUCAGCUGCUCUGUGCUCAGGGCCAACCACCAUGAAGUGACAUGCUGAACAAAUCAAUACUACUUAAACCACCCCCACCUUUCAUCUGUUGCUAUACAUUGCACUCUAUUGAAUGAUAAUACUGUUAAAUGCUGUAGUGCCAAAUACUGAGGCCAGAUCUCAAAACAUUCAGGAUGAAAAUGGAAAAAAAAGUAUUUUGUCAAAGAAAAUGAUGUUAACAUUUUGGUUUAUACUCUGCUGAUCUGACUAUAACGUGCCUUUAACAUUAAGUGAAGUCCCUUUAAUGUUAUAUGUAAUAAGUAUUUAUGCAGUAGUUACCUUGUUUCCACACAGCACUCUUUUUGUAGAGCAUGUGUUGAUGGUAAUACUUCAUUUUCAAUUAAUUCAUCUCAAUCUGUUUUUGUAUACAGUAGAUCCCCACUAGCACAAGUAAUUGGACGCCCAAACAUAACUAAUAAAACCUGGGAUUAUAAUGCUGCAUUUUAGCGUCACCAUUAGGGAUUUUUGCUCGCUACCCCCCUCAAAACCUCCAGCUACUCUCAUGAUCUCCAAUUUUGGAUCAACACUUGCAAUAAAAGUGACUGUUAUGACUUAUAGAGGUGAUUCCUCUUUAGAUUCAUCCCCAGCUCCCUUAAAUUACCAUUGUUCGCUCAAGAACAAGGAAGCAUAGAAGCUAAAUUCCAGGUUUAAGCCCCUAAAACGUGUCUCACACAUGCAUUACACAUUUUAAACUAUACGUGAAACCUUUUAAAUUAUAAAGUGUAAAUGUACUCACCAAGAAAGAAUUGCAAUGUAAGAUGAGGAUAGAUCGAUUAAAUUGGAGUCAAGGGUGAUCCUUUUGUGUUGUCCCGGCUGUCAGAGAAGGUUUUUCUCCAAACUGUCAGUUAAUUCCAGUAAGGACUUGCGAUCGUGUGUUUUCACCUGCUGCAAGUUGUGAGACUGCAAUUUUUGGGAUGCGAGUGCUGCGGGAAGCUACUGUAAUUUGGAUAAAACUGUGAUGUAGGAUGUGAUUUAACACAUGAUUUUGGCUGUAUGAAAUGAAUAAAGUUUGAUUUUGAUGUUU